AUCGCGACAGUCCGUCACCAGUUUUACACUGAACGCGGUUACGAUCACAGUCUGACUUUCGCGUCGUCCCACUACCGACACACAACCGGCCAGUGUUGCUGCAACGACUUCUCGUUGCGUAUGGUCUCAUAGUUAUAUUCGUUUCCGCGUUUGCACAUACGUCUGUCGCCGUGUUAAUUCUAUACCCAUUUCUCGUCGUUUUCUCCGAAACCGCGACACCACUACCACUACCGCCGCCGCCGCCGCCGACGUUGAAGACGGAACACACCAGAACCCGAUUCGCGCGCGCAACGUCUACCACCACCGCCACCACUACUACUCGGCGACCGUGAUAGUAAAACGAAAAGAGAGUUCGGCGUGCGUAACCGCGAACCCGGCCGGUAGACCGUCGUUUUGUGAUUGUACAUUCCGUUUGGUAACGCGGUUAUCGCGGUAUCCAUUGGAAGCGCCGCGCAGAGGUAACCACCACCACCACCGCCACCACCUCCACCAUCAUCGCCACUGCCGCAUCUCGUUUGUGGUUGACAACACACACGCACACACACGGUCACCGCGUCAGGAGGAACGUCUGCGUCUUGUGUAAAUACAAAUCGCCACAACCACCGCGUCCGGUGAUUAAUUCUAUUCGUCGACGCGCCAACGUAAAACAUUACUAAAAUGGCUGAUCAAUUAACAGAAGAACAGAUUGCUGAAUUCAAAGAAGCUUUCUCGCUAUUCGACAAGGAUGGAGAUGGUACUAUCACUACCAAAGAACUGGGAACUGUCAUGCGGUCAUUAGGCCAAAACCCGACUGAAGCUGAACUCCAAGAUAUGAUUAAUGAAGUCGAUGCCGAUGGAAACGGUACGAUAGAUUUCCCAGAGUUCUUGACCAUGAUGGCUCGCAAAAUGAAGGAUACUGACAGCGAAGAGGAAAUCAGAGAGGCUUUCCGUGUGUUUGAUAAGGAUGGAAAUGGUUUCAUCAGUGCAGCUGAACUGCGUCAUGUUAUGACUAACCUUGGCGAAAAACUCACCGAUGAAGAGGUUGAUGAAAUGAUAAGGGAAGCUGACAUUGAUGGUGAUGGUCAAGUCAACUACGAAGAGUUCGUGACCAUGAUGACUUCUAAGUGAAAUGUGUUUCAUUUUUAAUUAUUAUUAUGUAAUUUUUUUAUCAUAAUUUUUUUUUUUUUUUU